AUGAUUCAGAAUUUCGAGUAUACCUCGAGUCAUAUUGAUGAAUAUUUAGAACAAGAAAAUCUUUUUAAUGUAUUCGAUGAAGAUGAUUUAAAAACAAUACUUAAAUCUGCAAAAUUAACUCCAAAUUCAUACAAUUCUCUUCUUAAACAAGGAAAUAAUGCUAUUGGAGCAACAAAAUUAUACAAAUGCGCUCGAAAUGUGAUUGUUAACAUGAAUGAUUAUCAAGAUGCCGUUUCUGUUUUAGAUUUGAUGAAACGUUAUCUAAAAAUUCAACUAUUAGAUAAUGUUAUUGAAAUACUUAAUCAACAUGAUAAACAUUACCAGGAUUUACUCAAUUCAGUUCUCCAACAAAAUGAAACAAAUCUCCAAAAAAUUUCAAAACUUGAACAAGCAAAUGAACGUUUACUCAAAGAAAUAGAAGAAAAAGAAGCAGAAAAAUCUCUUACUAGUAAUCAAGAGAAAAAAAUUCUCUCAAAAAUUAAUGAAUUCAAAGCAUCGGACGAUUUUGAAAGUAUUUACGCAUUUUUUGAUGAUCUUUCUAAACAAAAUAACAACAAGAUGAUCAAAAAAGCAUGUGAUGAGGGACUUUUAGAUAAAAAUGGUCAAAAGGAUAGAAAUAUAUUACAGCAAUCAGCAUUUAGAGGAAAUGUUGGACUUGUUAAAUCUCUUAUUCAAAGUGGAUGUGACAAAGAAUCAAGGACAGUGAAAGGAAAUUCAUUACUAUUUUUGGCAUCGAUGAAAGGACAUCUAGAGUUAGCGAAAUAUCUUGUAUCUAUUGGAGCUAAUAUAGAAUCAAAGAAUAAUAUUGGUGAUACACCCCUUAUUUCGGCAUCAAUAAAUAAUGAAGUUGAGUUAGUAAAAUAUCUUAUAUCGGCAGGUGCAAACAUUGAAACAAAAAAUAACAAAGGUAGUACAGCACUCAUUCGAGCAUCAGGAUAUAAUAGAAUUCAAGUAGUCCAAUAUCUUGUAUCUGUUGGAGCGAACAUAGAAGCGAAAACAGUAGAAGGAAAUACAGCUCUUCUGUGGGCAUCGAUUGAAGGUAAUAUUGAAGUUGUAAAAUACCUUAUCUCUAUUGGAGCUAAUAAAGAAAUCACUAAUAAUAAUGGAAGCACUCCGUUAUCAAGUGCAAAAAAAUAUGGUCAUAAUGACAUUGUUAAUUAUCUCCAAACAAUUUGA